AUGAAUACGAUGGCUUCAGCUAUGAAACGUUUCAAACUCGUGUUCUUUGUCCCCCCUUCUUCCCUCUCGCAGUGCAAGGACGCGAUUUUCGCUGCGGGUGCAGACACACCAUGGGUACUUUACGCCAGCUCUGACGGUCGAGGACGGAGACUGAUGCAAGAUUACUACACAGGUCGGUACCCUGGCCCAGGGAAUUAUACCGAAUGCUGUUGGACUAGCUUGGGGACUGGGCAAUUCCGCCCCGGCGACACAGCCAAGCCACAUUUGGGCAAGGUCGGUGAGGUCGAACAGGUAGAGGAGGUUCGGGUAGAGACACUGUGUAUGGGCGAGGACGUGGUGAAGAAAGCUGUCGAGGCGUUGAAGAGCGCACAUCCCUACGAGGAACCUGCCUACGAGGUAUACAAGCUCGAAGACUAUUAG